GUCAGGAAACUCUAGCGGCAGCUGGCGUCUGCGCAGAACUACGCCUCCCAUCGAGCAACGCGCCAACUAUUGUUGUGGACGAGAUUCCACCGGUCCCUGGGUGACAGGGCAGUGAUGGAGGCCGGUAAGUGCCCUGCUUGCACUGGGUGUCGGGGAUUACGCCAAGGGUGGCUCACGGAAACUUGGCAGCUAUAGAUUGCGAGCUCUUCAGACCCAGGAAAUGCCUAUUAGUUGCGGGUUCUUGUGUGUCAGUGUUUUGUUACGCUGUUUGCUUUUCCUUGUUUGUGCUGAGCUGGGAUUCAUCGUCUAGACUGGCAAAGCAUCAUGGGAGUUGUAGUUCCACAAUAACAGGGAGAGGGGUUCUCUCCCUGAUCAAAUGUUUACUUGUUCCAGGGGCAGGGGGGGGGGGGGGUCAGAUGGUUUUUUUUGUUUGUUGUUUUUUAGGGGGGGAAGGGGUUACUGAAGUAUAUGAAGUUUGAGCCUGUAAUAUGUCAGUAAUAAAUAUAUACAGGGGUAUUCUCCAAAAUGUAAAUUGUGGGGAAUUUAGAAAAAAAAAUUGAAACAUUGUUGAGUCAUCUACUUCUAAAUGAAGUGUUCUGAGUGCUAUGUUUCUGUCUGUUUCGCCCAAAAACUAAAAACAUUGCCGUUUUUGCAGGAAGAGCUGUGUUGUCAUUCAGGUUUAACACAUUUUUAGACAUCCACUAGUCACGCUUCCACGGAUAAAACAGAGUUACAUUCAGUUAUAGCUUUAAUGACUCUCAUUGAUUGGCGCAGCGCUUCUUUUCCUGCACAUGCACACUAGCCUUCCCGUACGCCUUAUAGGGGAGCACUGGAUUGGCCGAGCUCAUCAGUCUUGGUGAUUUCAGCCAAGUAGGCGGAGUGGACGUACAGAAACCAGCGUGCUGCAUGAUGUACCUACAUAAGUAGGGGAACACUAUAGCAUUAGGAAUUCAUGUUUGUAUACCUAACACUAUAGUUUUCCUUUAAAGGACCACUAUAGUGCCAGGAAAACAUACUCGUUUUCCUGGCUCUAUAGGGUCUCUAGGUUCCCUCCACCCUCAGGGCCCCCCUCCCGCUGGGCUCUAGGGGGUGGAAGGGGUUAAAUUUACCUCUUUUUCCAGCCCUAGGCGGGGGACUCUACUCCUCCUUCUCGUCGUCAUUGGCAGAACGCGCAUGCACAGCAUUCUCAAUGCUUUCCUAUGGACGUUGGCGUCUUCUCACUGUGAAAAUCAGUGAGAAACGCUGAAGCACCUCUAGCGGCUGUCAGUGAGACAGCCCCUAGAGGCUGGAUUAACCCUAUUAGCUAUGUUUAUAGAAGAAAGGGUUAAUCCUAGCUGGACCUGGCUCCCAGACCACUUUAUUAGGCUGAAGUGGUCUGGGUGCCUAUAGUGGUCCUUUAAUUCUGUUUGUUUGUUUUUUGUUUUUUUUACCUGAAAUUUACUUUGUAUUCUUCAUAUUUCACACUUUAGUAAAUGACCUUGCCUUAGAUAUAAAGUGUAUGUCAUCUAAUGCAGAAUGGGUAACUGUAAAAAAAACAAAAAAAAUCCUGGAAACUUUAUGGCAGAGCUUUUAAAGUGGCCCUUUAGCUUCUGAGUAUUUCAUAAAUCUAACAUUUUCAAAUACUCAUUAUUAUUAUUAUUAUUAUUAUUGCCAUUUAUAUAGCGCCAACAGAUUCGGUAGCGCAUUACAAUAUUAUGAGAGGACAAUUUAACUAUAAAUAGGACAAUUACAAAAAACUUACGGGAACAAUAGGUUGAAGAGGACCCUGCUCAAUUGAGCUUACAUUCUAUAGGAGGUGGGGUGUAAAACACAUUAGGACAGAAAUUUGCAGUCAAAUAAGGUGGGCUGCCCUUUAGGAGAGAGCAAGAGACAGGUAUGUGAGGUAGAGGUUAGUCUUGGAGGCCAUAAGCUUUCCUAAAGAGAUGGGCUUUAAGGCACUUCUUAAAAGAUGCAAGACUAGGGGAGAGUCUGAUGGUGGUAGGCAGGCUGUUCCAUAGGAAGGGAGGUGGUCACGGGCAGAGCGGAGAGACCGAGAAGGGACAUACCUAUGGAUCUGUGGGGAGAUAUGAGGAGCUAGAGUUGUUCAGUGCUUUAUAGGUGUGAAUUAGUACCUUGAAUUGACUCCUAUAGCAUACAGGAAGCCAAAGUAAGGACUGGCAGAGGGGUGAGGUGUGAGAGGACCGACUAGAGAGGAAAAUCAGUCUGGCAGCAGCGUUCAUUAUGGACUGUAGCGGUGCAGUGCGGCUUUUGGGCAGACCAAUCAGGAGAGGGUUACAAUAAUCCAUGCGGGAAAUUACUAGAGCAUGGACAAGCUCCUUGGUAGUAUCUGGUGCGAGAAAGGGGCGGAUGCGGGCUAUAUUUUUAAGAUGGAAUCUACAGGAUUUGGCAAUAUGCUGGAUGUGAGGCUCAAAGGUGAGGCCAGAAUCAAGUAUGGCGCCAAGACAGCGCGCUUGCAAGGAUGGACUGAUGUGGGUACCACAAACUUGAAGGGAGAGCGAAAGAGGAGGAUCAGUAUUAGGAGGAGGGAAGACAAGGAGCUCAGUUUUAGAGAGAUUGAGUUUCAGAAAGCGGGAGGACAUCCAGUCAGAGAUGGAAGAAAGGCAAUCAGUGACACGUUGCAGGACGGCAGGGGAGAGGUCCGGGGAGGAGAGAUAUAACUGGGUGUUGUCAGCGUACAGGUGGUAGUGGAAUCCAAAAGAGGUCAUAAGUUUGCCAAGAGAGGCAGUAUAAAGCGAAAAUAGAAGGGGACCAAGGACAGAGCCUUGGGGGACUCCAGCCGAGACAGGACAAGGGGAGGAGGUACCAGUAGAAAAGGAGACACUGAAUGAGCGUUGGGAGAGAUAAGAGGAAAACCACGAGAGGACAGAGACUGAGUGAUUGGAGAGUUUGAAGAAGGAGAGCAUGAUCAAUAGUGUCAAAGGCCGCAGAGAAUUCAAGAAGAAUUAGUAUGGAGUAGUGGCCUUUGGAUUUAGCUGCGAUUAGGUCGUUAGUAACUUUGAUAAGCGCGGCCUCAGUAGAGUGGAGAGGGCGGAAACCAGAUUGAAGAGGGUCAAGGAGAGAGUUUGAAUUGAGGAAAUGAGACACGCGGGUAAAGACAAGUCUUUCCAGAAGCUUUGAGGAAAAAGGGAGCAGGGAUAUGGGACGAUAGUUAGAGGGGGUGGACGGGUCGAGGGGUGUUUUUUUUUUUAUUUUUUAUUUUUUUUUAGUAAAAGUACUACAGUUGCAUGUUUAAGAUCAGCAGGGACAAUGCCAGAAGAAAGAGAGCAGUUGAAGAUGUGCGUUAAGGAAGGCACGAGACAAGUGGAGAGAGAUCUGAUAAGGUGAGAUCGGACAGGAGGCGAAAAGGAAAAGAGAAGAGCAGCCACCUCUUGGUCAGUAGCCUGGGAGAAUGUCUGAAGGGUAGGAAAGGCAUGAUCUAUGUGUGGUUGAGAAACAGAAUGGCAAGGAGGGGAGAGUUCUUUCCUUAGCUCUUCAAUCUUGUCAGUAGUAAGGUUAGUUUGGGGGGUGGCCACAGCAGGGCGAAGAAGAGAAUUAAAGGUGUCAAAGAGAUGCCUCUGAUUGCAUUGGAAUUUUAUUGAAAUUUGCUUCCUCCAUCAACCUUUGUCAAUUCUAAGCAGUUAAAGAUAACUGUGAGAAAAUAAUAAUUCUUCACGUGCAUUUGUGAGAGUGCUUGGGAUGUUGUGGAAUCUUGUUUGGAUCUCUAUAUUGGUCUCCCGCAUAUGUACAAAUGUACUUCAGUGACGCGGAAUCCUAAUGGAUGAAGUAUGAAAAGUUGAAGACAAAUCCCCAACAGAAAAAUGAUGAUGCCAGCAGAGUGCUUCAGGUGAGUACAGUAUAUCUCCCAUUUGCAUGUUCCUAUGGGAUGGCACACAGUAAGUGGAGAUGUCACGCAAAGACACCAAAAGUGACAGCAUCACUUUAAUUGCUAAUCUGUUUUUACAAAUUAGAUAUUUUCAAACUUUUUUUUGUUUGUUUUGUUUUAUAGCGGAAAGCUAAGGUAAUAGAAAAUAAUACUAUACACGAUUAAAAGAAUACUUGAAGCACCAUAACCACUACAGUCCAGUAUAGUGGUUAGUAUACCAGGAGCGACCUUUGCAUCCUCACAGAGUAAUUUGAUAUGCUGUUUUAAAACAGUUUAACAACUUAACUGUGCCUGCGCCAUAUCUGUCUUCUCCUUCAAAAGAAUCAUUUAGCGUUAUAAAUUCUUUAUUAGGACAAAUGUCUUUUUAUUUUUACAUAGUGUUUAUCUACAUAUAUCUUAUGUAAACAAACAAACUACUGCACCUGACACUGUUUCUUCAGACCUUCUAACCUGGGACCACCCUAACUUAAAGGAACAAUGUAGCGACUUCGUGUUCUUGAAGUUGUUAUACUUCCUUAAAUAUGUGCCCUUUGUCCUCUUUCCCUCUCUUAUUUUAGGGUCAAAGUGUGGCUCCUUGCCAGGCCCCCAAGCCUUUUGGUUCAGAGAGCCAGGAAUGACACUUCCUGGUUGUCAUACUGACUCUUAUAAGAUGCCAUGCGUUCUCAUAGUUCUAGCCACAAAGGACUGCUGUCAGUGCUGGAAUUAGUACAUUUUUUUUAAAGUAAGGGAGGCGCAAUAAAUAUAUAAGCAAUCUAUUUUACAUAGAGGAAUUAGAAAAAGAAAAGUUUAUAUAUUCAUUGCAGUGUUCCUUUUAUAUUUUUAACCAGCUGCCCAAAUAUUUAAUAUAAUCAACAUGGUUGGAGAGUCUUGUAAUUUUCCUUUUCAUUUUACGGUUUGUAAAUAAUCUCUACCUACUGUUAUGUCGGGAUCGGCUAGCUAAAAAUAGUAAUUUUAGAGGUCCCCAAAUGCAAGCGAUUGCUGUGGCCUAUGGUGUUAUGGACAGCAGGAGUGCAUGCCAGGAUCAACUCUCAGCUAGGUGUUGCUGGCUGCACUACGUGUUGGGAGUGGUUAUGGUGCCUACAGUGUUCUUUUAAUCAGUACAUUGCAUUAUGAGUUUCCCAACACAAAUCGUGCACAUGAUUUGUUGAUGACAGGUUAAAGGGACACUGUAGGCACCCAAACCACUUCAGCUCAUUGAAGUGGUGUGGGUGCUUUGUCCUGUUUGAACCUAGUGCUGCAAUGUAAAACAUUGCAGCACUAAGUCUGCCCUCAGUGGCUGUCUACCAGACAGCCACUAGAGGGCUUCUGGAAUCGUAACGGACUUUUGGUCCGUUAUCUGACGCUGGACGUCCUCCCGCUCUGCAUGAGGACCUCCAGCGUCAGAUUUUACCCCAUAGGAAAGCAUUGAUUUAAUGCUUUCCUAUGGGGAAGUCUAAUGCGCUCACAGUGUUUGCUGCGUAUGCGCAUUAGACCCUGCCCAUCGCAGGACGGAGGAGGGGACAGAGCUUCGACCCAGCACUGAGGGACAUCGGCGCUGGGAUAAGGUAAGUAAAUUAAAGGUUUGUAACCCUUUAUUUACCGGGGGAGGGGGCGUGAGGGAAGGGGGAGGCAGAGGGAUAGGUAGUGCCAGGAAUAUAUCUUUGUAUUCCUGGUACUACAGUAUCCCUUUAACUGUAAGAGGUUAAUGGAUCACCAAAGGCUAGACAUGCGAGCUGUUUCAGAUCCACACAGUUUUGAAAAGUAAGGAGUUUUCCAGCUUCAUGUUAUCAAGUCUAGUCAAGCAAGAUGAUUAGUGUCUCUGAAACCUCCUCUUAGACCAAGGAAUGACAAGCUCCACAAUAAAUAUGCAAUUAUGUGCAGCUAAUUUUAGAACGCAAGAGCAUGACUUUGUAUCAGUUUCAUUUACAACAGUAAGGACUCUGGAGUUUCAUUGCCUGUAGCUUGAUUUGGUUUAGUGAAGGCCUGAGUCAUGUUGCCAUUUAAUCUGCUAUGAUAGUAAACCGAUCGUGGCAAGUAACGUGCAUUACGCUAGGAAGCCACAGCAGCAGUUCUUAAAAAGAAAAACAAGUUAAGACGCGGCCCAAUUCCCAUGUUGCUUAUCCACCCUUAAAGAAAAUAUUGAGCUCCAUAACCACUACAGGGUUUAAACGGUUUAUGAAUAAUUUUACAUUUCACUGGCUCUUGUUGGGCUUCCACCGUAGUGGCAUACAAAAAGUGAUCCACGUGCUGUGUGUCUUUGGGGCUUAAAGUAUAAUUUUAAAGUUGCUUAGAAUCAUGAGUUACGAUCCACAGCAUCUUGAAGCCUUGUGCAACAACACUUAAACACACAACCUUUACCGGUCACCUAACAGUAAUUUUGCUAGGUCUCUUAAUUGUAAGUGGAGUGGUAUUAAUGUUGCAUUCUUAUGAAUGGUGGACAUUUCAAUUUUGCUUUAUUUAAAGCAUCUAUGCACCAUAACCACUGCAGUGUGUAGUCUGUCCUGGCACUGCAUUACUGGUAAGUAUAAUGACUAUUUUUUCCUUAUUAUUUUCAAAGGAGGGGAUUCAUAAUCUAAACCAGGGGUCCUCAAACUCCGGUCCCCCCAAAUGUUGCUGAACUACACUCCCAUGAUUCUUUGAAUUACAUAGAUAGCCAGAGAAUCAUGGGAGUUAUAGUUCAGCAACAUCUGGGGGGCCGGAGUUUGAGGACCCCUGAUCUAAACCUACUAAACAACACAUACGAUGUUAAAAGAAAUAAACAAAACUAUAUAUUUUUAACGUUGGUGUGUUUCUUUAAAUUUUCUUACAUACUGCUUUAUUAUUAUUAUUAUUAUUAUUAUUGCUUAUGCCACUGCAGCGGUUAACGCAUUUGCGUGUUUUGUUUGGUGUGCCUAGCAAAGGAUAUAAAUUAAAAUAAAAAAAUCUCUUUUUUAAUUUUUUUAAAUUAGUUUAACAAGUAGCUAAAUUUCAGUUAGCUGUUUAAAACUACUCCUAUAAGCGAAUGGAACAUAUUGCUUUGCUUGGAUUUUAAUUAGCAGCAGUGAUCAUGAGUUUCUGAGUUAGGGACAUCUGACCUGCUUUCUAAUCAGGGUAUCUCACUUCCGCUUACUGAUUCUUGUGUAACAAUGCUAGGCUGCAAUUUUAUUUAUUUAUUUUUGCCCAUAGAAAUUGGACAUGUAAGGAAAAGCUCUAACAUUUUUUAUAUAUUAGAUCUGUUCUUUUUUUGGUGACUAUGGGCCCUCCUUUUUUAAAUAGUAAAUAAAUAAUAAUAUAUAUAUAUAUAUACUUGUAAUCCAGUGCUGGGAAAGUCUCAUCUCUGCAGUCUGAUCUACCCAAAGUGAAACCAUAAAUUAUGAUGACUUCAGGUCCAAUCCAAUGUUUCUCAUAGCAGAAUUGUAGACUUAUGGCACAUGCAUGGCAAUCACCACGAUCUGCCAGUCCACUGCUUCUCAUAGAAUUCACUGCUGAAUCCAGAAUUUCUAUGAAAACUAUUAGCUGCAUUUGGCACCAUCUUGCUGUGCGUGAUUACACUGAACGUGAAGUCUUUAGAAAAUUAAAGGUCUUAAAAGAGGAAGCACGUCCAGUGACUGUCUAACAGCCAUGAGAGUUGUGUUUUUUUUGCCAAAUGAAAACAUUGCCUUUUCUUAGAAAUGGAAAUGUUUUACAGAGAUAAAGGUAAGUGACUUUGUGCCAAAACCACUUCUUUAUGAUGUCUGAAUUAUUUAUUUUUGAGCCUGUUACAAACUUGUCCAGAUUCCUGGAGUAUACUUUUAAAUCACUGAAUUAACAUAUUAUACUUGGUGAUUUUUGUUUGUUUUAAUUUUUACCGGUCAGAGUUGGAAAUAUUGGUAAUCCAUACUAAUAAUAAAGUAAGAUAACAUUCUAUUUAAGCACUGUUGUGUGUCAAGAACAGGAAAGUGGUUUGUCUCAUUGAGAUGAGAUAGUUAUUUAAUCUACUGGGAGUUGUGGAGAGUUGACAAGAUGAAUUCAAUUAUUAGGCCAAAGUCAUUGAUUUGGAAGAAAGUCAAACUGCUAUUUCUCCCGCUUUGCUGUGUUGGUUUUACAAUUUGCAGUGGCUCAUUCUCCUGUAUUCUCUUAUUUCAGCUUUAUUAAAGUAUGAAUAUCAAGCUGCCUUUCCUGACUGCCUAGAUCUGGAGGAACUGCCUGAUACAGAUGAGCCAGUUUUCAUUCUAGGAAAGCAAUAUGACAUUAAAACAGGUUUGUUUUCUCAAUGCAGACGUAACACGGAUAUAGGAAGUUGAAACAGGCAAAUUGUGCUUGGCUGGGGAUAAUGGGAGUUGCAUUAAAUUGCUGUUGGGAAGUUAUUCCUGUAAUACUUGACAAAUACAAAAUUGCUUGCUUUUCUCCUGUAGCACCAGAUGGGGGGAAGGCUAGUAGUGGAAGGAAGGGGAAGAGAACGAGAGGGCUCUUGUUAAAUUAUUUUGGUUACUUUAUCCAUUUGCAUCACUACUCACAAAGGUAAGAUAUGAUGGAUGAAGCAGAGCGUUUUUCUAACUUUAAAAUGAAGUCACCUGUAUGCAUAAAACGCUUGCCGCAUUAGAAGACUUUCUGUGAAGUGUCCUUGUACCAAUGAAGUCCAAUAAACAGGGUUAGUUUUUUUUUGUUUUUUUUUUCUCUCAUUCCUGUGUCAUUUGAACCCAUCCUUUGUGAUGGAUUGCUGAGCGAAUUAACUGAACUGGGGCUUGUCCUGUCCUACUAUAUUUAUUUCAUCCUACUUGAAUGCUAUGGUGAGAAGCAACUAAGCUUGUAAUGACUUCUGGUAUGACAUCCACAACAUGGUGCAAUUAUAUUUAUAUACAUGUUUGUGGAUAUCCCUUACUGAUUGCUAGUUUACAGCCAAGACUUGUUACAAACAGCUGCACUAUUUUCUGUUUUGAACACAGCACAGGGGGAAGGGAUACACAGCAGUUAAAGCUUCCUAAAUAAACAUUAGAAUGUGCUGAGGUAGCCAACGGCUUAUAUGUACACAGAAUGAUAAACUUUGUAUUCUGGUCUAAUCAAAACUAUUCUAUGAUUACGGUAAGGAAAAGAUAUUGCACAAACGUAAUCUCCUAUUUCAGUGUUUCAGGCUCAGACUACCUUCUGAUCUGCACGUUUUAGUGCAUCUCCAUUUUAAUUCCUUAGCCAUAGGUGUCUUAUCACCGUUAUUUAAUUUUAAGGAAUUAUAUCCUAGAAUUUUAUUGCUAAAUAUCAUGGCAGGUUUUCUCUCCUCAAUCACUCCACAUAACAUUUAUACUCAUUUAACUAUUGGCCAAUAUCAUUGCUCCCAGUAUUGUCAGAAAUCUUAGAAAAAUGCGUCCAUACGCAACUAUGUGAGUAUUACCAACAAUCAAAUUAUCUGACCCCUGAUCAAUUAGGCUUUCGCCCGAAUCACUCAACUACAACUGCCCUCUUAAAAGUUUGCAAUGACAUCCAAACUGGCAUGGAACAAGGAUACCUAACUGGAGCUGUUUUCCUUGAAUUUGCAAAGGCCUUUGACACAGUAGACCACGACAUUCUACUGGACAAACUAAAAAACUCAGGUAUUGGUGAUCGUCCCCUAACCUGGUUUCCAUCAUAUGUAUCGGAUCGAUCACAAUAUGUGUCCAUUUCCAACAGCGACUCCCUCUCUCUCCCAGUCACGUGUGGUGUUCCCCAAGGUUCCAUUCUCGGGCCCCUACUAUUCACAUUAUUUAUAAAUGAUCUGCCUAAUGUCUGAAAAUCCUCAGCUGUACACAUGUACGCAGACCACACAGUAAUCUAUACAAGCAAAUCCGAUGUACCGCAGCUUGAGGCUGUGCUCCAAGACCAGAGGAAAAGUGGAUCACAAAAACAAACUCUUCCUAAACAAUGACAAAACUGUCACAAUGCGCUUUGCAACAGUACCUAAAUUACACAAAAUUCCCAUAUAUACAUCAAAGCAAAAUCAAAUAGUACACUGACCGCAGUCUACUCUUUCUAAUACUUGGGUAUGUUGUUAGACCCCAAUCUGUCUUUUGGCGUCUAAAUAGAAAAACUUGCAUCAAAACUUUAUCUAACUAGGUGCCCUGUACAGAAACAAAUCCUGCCUAAGCCCUAAAGUAAAGGAAAAUAUUGUAAAGCAAAUGCUGAUGCCAAUCAUUGAUUAUGGGGAUGUAGUAUAUGCACCUGCACCGCAAACCCACCUAAAUAAGCUUAAAGGACCACUAUAGGCACCCAGACCACUUCAGUUUAAUGAAGUGGUCAGGGUGCCAGGUCCACCUAGGGUUAACCCUUUUUUUUUUUUAUAAACAUAGAACCUCUCUUAAACCCUCCUACUUAUUCAUUUUCUUCAUUAUCAGCUUCCCCCUCUCAAACUUUCUUCCUUCUCCCCUUUUUCAGCCCUCCUCCUGCUCUUUACUAUUGCUGCCUGCCAAAGCAUGGCACAGUGGCAAACACACAUACACACAGACAGCUAUGUCAGACACACACACACACACAGACAAAUCAAGUCACAUCUAUACUCAAUAGCACACAGUGCAAUAAUAUUACAGGAUCUGUAAUGUAUGCCCAUGAAAGCACAAAAAGAAUACAGUGCGAUCUAAACCUGUUUUUUAGUCUUCCCUUUAUGUUCAGGAACUGUGUUCCUGAUCCUCAUCUCUCUUCUUGUCUACUCCUGACCACAAAUUCUUCUUCUUCUCUUCUUGUUUGUGCUCCAAAGCACUCUUCUCCAUGGACCACUGACACAAAAUGGCGGCACAUCCAGAAAAAAGUUCAUAAAGCGAGAGUUCAUAAAGUCAGAAAUGCCUGUGUAUAUAUCUAUAUCUGUCUUCACUCCCACCUUAUUUGAUUGCUAUUUCCUGUCCUAAUGUGUUUUCUACCCCACCUCAUAAAGACUGUAAGCUCGUUUGAGCAGGGUCCUCUUCAACCUAUCGUUCCUGUAAGUUUUCUUGUAAUUGUCCUAUUUAUAGUUAAAUCCCCCCCCCCCCUCAUAAUAUUAUAAAGCGCUAUGGAAUCUGUGGGCGUUAUAUAAAUGGCGAUAAUGAUAAUAUCUCAAUGUGCUCUCUUAUAGAUCAACUAAUGUAUUUAUACAUACAAGUAGUGUUCUUUCAGAGGGCGCAUGUGAUUCAAACAUUUUAUCAUUAGGGCAGUCUGCUUGGUUAGGCAUACAUUCACAGGCAUCGCUACUGAUUUCUUUUAAAAAUUAGAUAAAAAUGUCAUUUCUAUAAUGACUGUUCUGUCUGCCUUUACAGAGAAAUGUAACCUGUUAUGUGAUAUAUCUUCCCGUCUGUGGUUCACAUACAGAAAGAAAUUCUCUCCUAUCGGUAAGUAUUGAGUUGAACUGUCUGAUACCCUGUCAUUUCUCUGUUUUAUUAUCACUCUGUUUAUAGAGUUGUCUUGCACACUGAUGCUCUGUGUAAGUUAAGUAACUUCUCAGAUACAAAGAUUUAUAAGACAGUUGGGAAUAGCAACAAAACCUGGGCCAUUUUGUUUGCUUGAAUGAAUGAAUUACAGUUGUCAUUGCACUUUGCCAAUUAUUUAUAUAUUGCUUUAUAUAGUAUAUCUGCUUAUUGCUUUCUUUGAUUUUUGACUGUAUUUCCCAAGAAGUGUCUGCCUUACUGUGAAUGUUUGUAUCACAAUAGCGGUUUCCAUAAAGGCACUUUCAAGCAAGCCCCAUUAAACCUUAUGUUUCCUGCAUAGAUUUUGAUGCAAGAUUGUCCCCUGCCUUGGCCCUCUUUCUUCAAUUUUGUUAUAACUGUGGCAAUUUGCAACUGAUGCAUUUUGCAGUUGUUACAAAUAUAAGCUCUCGCUCAUGUUGCACAAGUUACAUUUCCCCCUGCACAUGACAUAACAUCCCUACCUCCUCUAACUUGCUAUUUCAUAUUGUUAUUACACCAGUUAGAGCAAUAGAAGACCUGCAUGGCAUUCAGAUACCUGUGAGCACAUGCCAUAAAAUGUAUAGCUUAGAUCUGUGACAUUUUAAAAUCCAGUUGGGGUUUUAUGAAUAUAGAGUUCAGCACUGACAACAGUUUCAUUCAUGAAAUACCUGUAUGAAACUGACAGCCAAGCUGAUAAAUACUGCAGCUUCCUUCUAAUGAAUAGAUUUAAAAUUAUUGCGCUAUCAGUAAGCUAUGAGAUGAAAGUAAUUUAAUCUGUCAGCUGGGUAAAAAGUUAAUCUCCUGCCAUUCCUGUGCUUCAUCUCAUGAAUCCCUGCUGGACAAACGUUUAUGGAACACAUUUCGCUUUCCAUUGAACAUAACGAGCUAGCCAGGAUUGAUUGAAAUAAUUUCAUAUGAUUACUGAUCUAGACAGUGCUCACUUCAGCAGUUGCAAAGGAAUCGCAGCAAACACAUGACCUUGUCAGAUGGUUAUCCCUCUCUUUUUUUUUUUUUUUUUAUGUUUUUAUUUAGUUAUUAUCAUUUAUCUAUAUAAUUAUCAUUUAUCUAUAUAAAGCUAUAAAAAAAAGGAAGUCAUCUUCUAUUUGCAGUGUUCCUUUUAGGGACCAGUCGGUAUAUUGAUUUUUGAGAGCUGAUAGAUGAUACCUUACUGAUAUUCUGUACAUUUAACAAUCCCCCCCCAGUCUUAUUUCCCUCUGUGGCGAAACCGGCCUCGCCACGUGUUCUUGGAGGGAGCUGCUUGCCCGCCUCUUGCCUUUGGACUAUGGACCAGACUUUAUGUGAAUGUGUUAACCCAGAUAGCUAUGCCAUGGAGCCCAUUCGUGUAGAAAAGCCAUGUGAAACUCGCGGGCCGCAUGUGGCCCACAACUAAUAUUAUGCGGCCCACGGUGAGGGAGCGCUAAAUGUUGGCUCUCCUCGCAGUGAUGCCAGGAGCCGGAAUAUGACGUCACUCCGGCUGCCGGCAUCAGCGCUCCCUCACUUCCUGUCCGCCUGCCUGCCCGCCCAGCAGCCCCACUAGACCCCAGGUUAGAAACCAACUCAGUCUGCGUGUGUGUAUGGCUGUCUGUAUGUAUGGCUGUAUGUGUGUAUAGAUUUAUGGCUGUAUGUGUAUGGCUGUCUGUGUGUAUAGAUUUAUGGCUGUGUAUGUAUAUGGCUGUUUGUGUAUGUGUAUGGCUGUCUGUGUGUGGCUGUCUGUGUGUAUGUGUGGGUCUGUCUGGCUGCGUGUAUGUGUGUGCUGUCUGACUGCGUGUGUGUCUGUCUGACUGCGUGUGUGUGUCUGGCUGCGUGUAUGUGUGUGUCUGAUUGGCUGCGUAUAUGUGUGUGUUUGUCUGGCUGCGUAUAUGUGUGUGUUUGUCUGGCUGCGUGUAUGUGUGUGUCUGUCUGGCUGCGUGUAUGUGUGUGUCUGGUUGGCUGCGUGUCUUGCUGUGUGUAUGGCUGGCUGCGUGUGCCUGUCUGUCAGUGAAUGUGUGUGUCAGAGUGAUUCUGUGUGUGUGGGGGGAGGGAGGGGAGGAAGGGGGUUCAAGGAGUAACGGAGGAUCCGCUUUUUUAAGGUGCGGAUGGGGCCACUAGGAGUAUGCCAGAGGCUGCUCUCUGGACACUGCUUGUUGGCUGUUUUUUUUUAUUUUUAUUAUUAUUAUUUAUUUUAUUUUUAAACAGAGGCAGGAGUUUAGUAGACGGGGGGACUGGGAUAUAGUAGAUGAGGGGGGGAUAGGAUUUUGUAGACUAGGGUAGGAUUGAGAUUUAGUAGACGAGGGGGAGGGCUGGAGUUUAGUAGACAAGGUGAAAAUUUAUGUUUGUUUUUUUGCGGCUCACAUCCACUUAAACUUUGUUUAUUUGGCCAUUGCUAGCCUUUGAAUUUGACAUGCUUGGUGUAGGACAUGUGUCUAUGCUUUUGAUGCAGAUUCAGUUCUCCCUACGCUGUAUACAUUUAAUUAAACUACAGUGAGAAUACACGCGUGCCUUAUUAUCCAAAAAUAUUAAAUCAUUUCAAAUUCUUAUCUAAAAGUAUUAGAGCGAGACCUGAUUAUUUCCUAACGUCUGUCUAUUUGUUCCUUAUGAAAACAUAAUCGGUUUCCUUACAUCUUCAAACAGGAGGAACAGGUCCAUCCUCAGAUGCAGGUUGGGGGUGUAUGCUGAGAUGUGGACAAAUGAUGCUAGCACAAGCUUUAAUAUGCCAACAUCUAGGCAGAGGUAAGUUUAUUGUUCUUUUGUUUAUUGCCCAUUAUUAUCAUUUUUAUUUUUGUAAAUCUAUUUUUUAUUUAAGCGUUUGCUGUGUGGAAUAGAAGUACAGAAUGGGACUCUUUGGUACCAGGACCCAUAAAUCCAAGUUUGACAAGUAUUACUAAUAUAAUGAAAAGUCUCAAGUCUAUGACAUCUGGGCUCUCCUGGGGUAUGACAUCUGGGCUCUCCUGGCACAAACACUGCAGCAUGCUUUAAAGUGACACUAUAGUCACCAGAACGACUACAGCUUAUUGUAUUUGUUCUGGUGAGUAGAAUAAUUACCUUCAGGCUUUUUUGUAGUAAACACUGUUUGUUUGUUUUUCAGAGAAAAGGCAGUGUUUACAUUACAGCCUAGGGAUACAUCCACUGGGCACUCUUUAGAUGGCCACUAGAGGUGCUUCCUGGGGCCGUGCUGCACAGUGUGCAGUACUGUCAUUCGGUGUCACCACCCUCUGCAUGAAGACACUGAACUUUCCUCAUAGAGAUGCAUUUAUUCAAUGGAUCACUAUGAGGAGAUGCUGAUUGGCCAGGGCUGUGUUUGGCUUGUGCUGGCUCUGCCCCUGAUCUGCCUCCUUGACAAGCUCAGCCAAGCAUUGUGAUUGGCUCAGAUCAUAACUUCUUAUGAUGUCAGCCAAGCAGGCAGAUCGAGGCGGAGCCAGCAGCAGCAGACUGCAAUAAAAGUGAGAUUUUACUAUAUUUAGGGGACAAGGGAGCUAGAUGGUGUUUUAAACUAAAUACAUGUUUGUGUUCCUGACCCUAUAGUGUGCCUUUAACUUGAUUAGUAUUUGGGAAAAUGGCCCCACUUUUCAUGCAUUACAUCUUAUCAAAAGACACUCUGGAAGUGCCUGGUGUGAAGCACUCUCAGGUAAUUAUGGCAAUUUCAUUUAUGUGACAAUUAUUUUAUGUUUUAAUUUAUUUUUUCUUAGAUUGGCGAUGGGAGAAACACAAAAAACAGCCAGAAGCAUACCGGCGAAUUCUACAUUUUUUUCUUGAUCGAAAAGACUGCUGUUAUUCUAUUCAUCAGAUGGGUAAGAUGUAAUCAGUAGCAAGCUUGUUCUUGAUUUACUUUCCAGAGAAGCUUUCCUUCUGUAUAGAUGUUAUCAUGAAUGUAUACAAAGAGAAGAGAAAAAAAAAAAUCUACCUUUAUUCUCUAACACAAUUAUUUAUAUAGCGCCAACAUAUUCCACAGUGCAGUACAAUAGGUAAAUCAGGACACUUAAGGCUAACAAAGCAUAUUCGGCAUACAGGAACAGUAGCAGGUGAAGCGAAUCCUGCCUAAAUGAGCUUACAAUCUAAAAAGGGACGAAGUCACAGAGGGAAGUGAGGGAAUCAAAUUAUCUGUAUAUACCUGAAAGGAUAGGAGAAGGGAACAUACUAGAUGAAAGAUGGCAGGGGAAGGUUGCGAAAGAUGAGUUAAAUGGACAUUCCACUGCCCAAAUUAUAUAAAUAUACAAAUAUAUAUAUAUAUAUAUAUAUAUAUAUAUAUACACACACAAUACACAAGAUCCAGCGCACUCACCUAUCCACUAAACAGCAACUUCAAUGUUGAAAGAUUUUUUGUUUUUUUUUAAAACACCUAACCUAGGCAAAAAUAAUGGGGGUUUAGCUACAUUAUAUGAUCAUACAUUGCAUGUUGUGGCAGGCUUAUGCAAUGUAUGAUCAUAUAAUGUAGCUAAACCCCCAUUAUUUUUGCCUAGAUUAGGUGUUUUAAAAAAAAACAAAAAAUCUUUCAACAUUGAAGUUGCUGUUUAGUGGAUAGGUGAGUGCGCUGGAUCUUGUGUAUUGUGUGUGUGUGUGUGUGUGUGUGUGUGUGUGUGUGUGUGUAUAUGUGUAUGUGUGUGUAUAUAUAUAUAUAUAUAUAUAUAUAUAUAUAUAUAUAUAUGUAUGUAUAUGUAUAGGUGAACGCUUGGCACUCACCUCCAAAAAAAUAUAAAUUUUUAACUCACAUGCCUGGGUGAGUGCAUUUUGAUUUUUAUUUUUAUAUAUAUAUAUAUAUAUAUAUAUAUAUAUAUAUAUAUAUAUAUAUAUAUAUAUAUAUAUAUAUAUAUACUAUGUGUGUGUGUUUAAAAGAUAUACCCCAAUGAAAACAUGCAUGCAUUUAAUUAUGCAUUUUGUUAAUUCGGGUAUAUAUAAAAACAGUUUGCAAAAGUUGCUGAUCUCUUGUCUGCAACCUUUGCAAGCCCUCCCCUUCUUCCCCAACCCAGAAUUUCUGUGGCUGUCCAAUCACAAACUUACCAAUGCAGCUGAAAAAUAUUUGCAAGGCAGGUGCUCUGGGCCAUUGUCUGCCUCUUUGCAGCUAUGGAGAGCUUUGUUGGGAAGAAAAGGGCUACUAAACUGGUUCAUGGAUUGCAGGAUAAAACUUACCAGGAAAGGUUAAAGGAUCUUAACAUGUAUAGGUUGGAAGAAAGACGAGACGGGGGGAUAUAAUAGAAACAUUUAAAUACAUAAAGGGAAUCAACACGGUAAAGGAGGAGACCAUAUUUAAAAGAAGAAAAACUACCACAACAAGAGGACAUAGUCUUAAAUUAGAGGGACAAAGGUUUAAAAAUAAUAUCAGGAAGUAUUACUUUACUGAGAGGGUAGUGGAUGCAUGGAAUAGCCUUCCAGCUGAAGUGGUAGAGGUUAACACAGUAAAGGAGUUUAAGCAUGCGUGGGAUAAGCAUAAGGCUAUCCUAACUAUAAGAUAAGGCCAGGGACUAAUGAAAGUAUUUAGAAAAUUGGGCAGACUAGAUGGGCCGAAUGGUUCUUAUCUGCCAUCACAUUCUAUGUUUCUAUGAAGCACGAGAACUUUGAACAAAAACCUAAAUGAAACAGGGAAGCCAGACUGACAGAAGGAUAAGGUGUGAGAGUAGUAGGACAUUAUUAUUUUUAUUAUUAUUUAAAAAGCGCCAGCAAAUUCCAUAAGGUAGAUGAAUAUGGUAGAGAUGUUAAUUAUUGUAAAGUGCUGCGGAAUAAGCUGGCGCCAUAUAAAUACCAAUAAUAAUUAUGGACUACAGAGAAGCAGUCUGGGCACUUUCAGUCCUAUAAGCAGAGGGCUACAAUAAGCAAGGUGGGAAACAAUGAGAACAUCGACAAGCAUUUUGGUCGCAAUCUGAAUAAGAAAGAUGAGAAUGCGAGAAAUAUUUUUAAGGUGAAAGAGACAGGAUUUGAUGAUUGAUUUUGUCUAAAGGGCGAACGAAAGGUCAGAGUGAAAGAGCACACCAAGGUAAUUUGCCUGAGUUUUAAAUGUUAUGAUUGCUUUGUUGACCUGAAGGAAAACAGACACUGGUGUAGCUUUUAAGGGGGGUGUUUUGCGUUUUAGGAAUCAUAAAGUCAUCUAGUCAAUGCUUGUUUGAAGUACAAGGAGAAAAUGCCAGAAUGAGAAAGUUUGGACAGUUUCAGAUGGGAGAGAGUAUUUAGAGGGUAUCAUGUAGGGCAGGAGGAAAGGAAAAGUGCAGAAACCUCUUCAGAAAUAGGAGAGAAUAUGCUAGAUCUACAGGAGGAGGUUAGGCAAAGGGUCAGACAGUUGUGGGAGAAGUGAGGGAGGCAAUUACUUUUUAAAUAUUUUCAAUCUUUUCUGUGAAACAGGAUUCACAAUUCUAUGUGGUGUGCAUUAGUGAAUUAAAUGUUUUAAAGAGACAGUUAGGGUCAUAUGAGAAGAUGGAGCUGAGGGAGGUGAAGUAUGUUUAGUAAGAGAGAAAGUAGAGCUGUACUAACAAAACAUAAAUUUGUGUGCAGGAAGUUGGUCAUACUACAAAACUUCCGUGACUAAUAUUCUGCCGUGCUUGAGCAUAUUUAGAAUUAUUGGGUAGAUUUCCUAUGCCAGGGUUGGUGUUUAAUUUGAUGGGCGAGCCAAGCAGUAAUUAGACAUAGCAUAUCUAGGGUGCUUGAGAGGUCAGAGUUAUUUAAGGUAGUUGUCAUAGGAGGACAUGAAGUAGUUGAGAUUGGUAAAAGGAGAUUUUAGGUAUCAAUGGAAAGCUGCUGCAGUUCAAGGGAUUUCAUGCUUCUGCAGAGUCGAGGAGUGACACAUGAGGAUAAUUUGGUGGAGGGCAAGAUAAGAUUGCAGCUGAGGAGGUGGUGAGAGGAGGGGUGUGUUCGUGAAGUUAGUGAUAGAACAAAGGCUGGAGAAGAUAACGCCUAAAGUGUUCCUGGCUUGGUUGCUUGAUGGGUUGGAGAAUUAAACUACUGUGUAAAUCCCAUGGAAGUGGUCAUAUAGAUAAAUUUAGAGGCCCUGAAACUAGUAGAUGCAUCUAUAACAAUGUUAAAGUCUCCCAGUAUCAUGGUGCGAAUGUCAGAGGACAGGAAAUGACGGAGUCAGGCUGAGAAAUAUUCCAAGAAGGGGGCAGAGUGACAAGGAGGUUGGUAGAUAACUUUGAAAAAGGUGUAUAUUAUGGACCUCAAAUGAAGAGAAAGAGAGAGGAGGUAUAGAGAGAAUAAGUAGAAAAGUUCAACAAUGCGAAGAGAAGGAGACCCACACAGCGGCCCUUGCAGUCACUAGGUCUGGUAGUAUCUGAAAGUUUAAGGGCCACCAUAAGAUAGGGAUGCCAGGGUAGCACAGUCAAAGGUGGAGAGACAAAAUUACUAUCUGUAUCAGGGGAAGAGGUUCAACCAAAUAAAGACAAUUGGACUUUUUUUUUUUUUGAAUAGGAAAAUCAGGCCUGUAAUAUGAAAAUUCAGCAACUGAACUGCAGCUGAUGAAAAGUACAAAUAUUUAAAUUAUCAAAUCAACCUUUUAUUAAUUGCAAAACAGUCAUAUGUAGUUAAAAAUAGAUAACUGAACGGCAUUCGGCUAUUUUAUAAACUCAUCUGUCUUCAAUUUAAGUAAGACACUGAGUUUGAAUGGUGUAAAUAUUAUUUAUAUAUUUUAUACAGGAAGAGUAGACGGUUGUGUGCAGAAAUAUACCUCUCCUCAUUCAUAAUAUCUGGCAAUUAUUUCUCUUUUUGUAUUGACACACCAGCACAGAUGGGUGUAGGAGAAGGGAAGUCAAUAGGUGAAUGGUUUGGACCAAACACGGUGGCUCAAGUUUUAAAGUAAGUAAAACACCCAUUGUGAUAUUUUCUCCCGCUCAAACCAAGCUUGGGUUAUUUUCCAUGUCACAGUCCAGUGAAAGUUGCAUUUCUCAAUGUCUAUGUGGAUCCUGAUUGUUCUUCUUUCUCUUUUUUUUUUUCUUUUCUUCUUUUUUUAGAAAAAUGGGUAAUUCACUAAAGUAAGAAUUCAAACUAAAUUUCAAAUUUAAGGCUAAAAUUAAUUAAAAUGAGAGCAUAGCUGAUUUUUACAUUUCUCCCAGUUUGGCUAUUUUGGUUUUAAAUUUGACAGUCACUUUCAAUCAUCACAUUAAUGAAUAAGUCUGUUAGGUUAUUAACAACUGCAUAUUACUUGUAUUUUGUUCAUUUAAAAACACUGUUAUUUUGAAGUUAUUAUAUGCCGGGAAUUCAAAAUGACCUUUAAGAGGAAAAUGUUUUCUGACAUAACCGUCUCACUACGCUAUUUUAAUAAUCGUGUAUAAAUGAUGUGAUUUGCUUUAUUUACAGGAAACUUGCUUUAUUUGAUGAGUGGAAUUCAUUUGCAGUCUACGUUUCAAUGGAUAACACUGUGGUCAUUGAGGAUAUUAGUAAGUACUGGAAAUCAGUUUAAUUACUGCAGUUGCAAAAUAAGUAAUUAAGGUUGGUGUGUACUAAGGGAUAAGGAGAGAUAAAGAAUGUGCAUAAUCUGUUGUGUACACAAGGAUAAAUAAGAAACUGCACAGUGUUUUGCCACAAAACAUUUAAUAGAGUUUAAAGAGUACCUAUCUUGUCAGGUUUUAUUUUGAGCCCUAACAUUUCAUUAGGCAAAUAAUGAUCAGUGAUAUAACUCAAUGAUAUAACAUAAUGAGAUAUUAGGUUAGAACCUACCUCCUGUUCAGUGGAGAGCACACCACCACCAUGCUUCUGUUGUGGUAGUUACACUGUUAUAUUACCCACACCCACAUCUUCUUUGCUCUACCCUACACUAUUGGACCUUCUUGAAUGUAGUUGUUUAGGGGUAAUCACAUUAGAGAUGUUUGGGUUGUAAGCUAGGCAGAGGGUGGCUGUGAGCGACGGCUGGAAAGCUGCCUGUAGCAGGGUUCUCUUGCAUCCUUCUUGUCAAUUAAUUUUUUUGUCAGAGGUCUGUGCCAGGAAUUGAGGGACAUUACAAACAUUGAUACAUUCUGCAAGCACAGUGUGUGCAUAACAUUGUAUGCACUUUAAAAGGACACUUUAGGCACUAUAACAACUUCAUCUAAACUGUUAUAGUACCUGAUCAUCUAAAUUGUUAUAGUACCUGGAAAUCCCUUGGAAUCAUCCCUGCAUUCAUUGUUAAUUGAUUCCCGACAACCCAGUCCCUCUUAGCCAUAUCGAUUGGGAUUGGCUGAGAGCCAAUCACUGUCACCUGAACGAAGAAACAGUGCCAGGGGUUUCCAGACACCAUAAACACUUUAUUUAAAAGGAGUAUAUGUUGUGUAUAUCAUAACAAUACAGUCUAAUAAUGUUGUACCAAUUCAGACACACACUUAAAAAAAUAGGUCUUAAGUUAAGUGACCAACACAUAUUCAGUUUUAUAUUUUCAUAUAUCUUUGAUCAUUGACUGUCUUGGCUGGAAAACGUGUGCAAACCUUUGAUUCAAUUUGUUUUAUCAUUUCAUUUACCAGCAGUGUUUUCAUCCAGAGGUUUCCUGCAUCUAUUCUCCAAUUACACACACACUAAUAUGUUCAGUAAAGAUAUAGACUUUCUAUUUGUAUUGUUUUAUUAAUGGGUCUAAAAAGUAGCCCAGGUUACAUUCUUGAUCAUAUUGGAGCAGAAACAGAAUUAUCAAAAGUUUACACUGAUUUUUUGUUAUAACUGUGAGAAAUGGCAUAAUAUGCAAUCAGGAGUGAAACAGAAUGUAAGAAUACAGUGAGCUUUAUAGUGUACAUUGUAAUAAACAGUUUGUUUGUUUUUCAGAGAAAAUGUGCAGUUACCAUCCUCAAACCUGUAGCAUGUCACAGUGCAGCUCUUAUACUCACCAAAGUGCUUGGAGCAGAAGUGGAGACACAUCAACACAGUCCUCAGGGUGGAGGCCCCUCCUGCUCAUUGUACCUCUGCGACUUGGGAUAAACCACAUCAAUCCCGUUUAUGUUGAAGCUUUUAAAGUAAGUAAACUUCUAGUGUGUUAAUUCAACUUGAUAUGUUUGAGUUAUUAAUCACGUAUAGACGGCCGGUGAUGGAGUUACACCCUUAACAGCAAAUGGGUUAAAUUCAGAAUGUGCAGGGUUUCAUUACAAAAUGCUGCACAUACAGGCUCCAGGCACCAUGACCACUUCAAAUUCAGUGGUUAUGGUGCUUGGAUUAACCCUUUAAUAAAUGUUCAUUUUGUUACAUUUAACUUCAAUUUUAAAUAGGAAUGUUGGUUCACGUUCAUGCAGUACGCGUGAAUGAGAAUAUAGGGGUCUUUUACAUAGAGAUAAUUAAGUUUUGUCUUACAAUACCUAUAACUAUGCUUGAAGCAAGAAUGCGGACAUUACUCUGUAAAAUGUUAAUGGACUUAAAACAAACCGAUUUGGCAAAUGGUACUUUAACCUACAAAUGAUAACACACGCAUUUUUCUCUCUUGUUUGUCUAGGAGUGUUUUAAAAUGUCACAAUCAUUAGGAGCUUUAGGAGGAAAGCCAAAUAAUGCUUAUUACUUCAUAGGCUUUUCAGGUAAGUCAUUCAAAAUAUCAACCAUUUGAACAAGAGACCAGACAUUGUGCAAUCAGUGAACUCUCACAUAUACCGUAGUGAUGCCUCGCUUAGCUAUUCAGAGGCUCGUGGUCUACAUUUGGUGUGAUACUCAUCCUGCUAUUGUUUCAGUUGAGGUGGUUAAUUUGUUUUGUUACCUUGUGCAGGAGACGAACUAAUCUACCUGGAUCCUCAUACCACACAGACAUUUGUGGACACAGAAGAAGCUGGCACAGUGCAAGACCAGACCUAUCACUGCCAAAAAAACCCUAACAGGAUGAAAAUCUUGAAUUUAGACCCUUCAGUUGCACUAGUAUGUUUGUAAUCCAGUUGUACAUCCCUUAACUUGUAAUAUACUGUGUAAUGAAUUAAAGACCCCCAGAUUACCAUUUUACCCUGUUACCAUUUUGUCAGUCAAUAAUUCAGAGCUUGAAAAAGGCCAAUACGUAUCACACAGAUGAAUAGAGUAAAAUACAUCUUUACACUCCUGUUGAUGGUUGUUAUGAGAGACAUUUGGUCUACCUUUAAAACGGUCUUGAAUGGCUACUGAGGAAGCAUAAGUCUAGAUGCACUUGACUGCAUGUACCUGUGCCUGCUACCCAAUGAUCAUUUUGCCAAGUGUGCUUCAUCAUGAGUGAAUUUUAUUUUAUUUUGUUCGUUGUUUUACCGUGUGUGUGUGUGUUAAUUGUAGAACUGCCACUCAUACUUAUUAACUUUGGAUUUUGCAAAUCACUCUAUUGACUUAAUUAGCCAACAAUACAUUAAGAUGUUCUGUGUAUGACAGAACUUCUCGUGGAAGUGUUUGUACACAAGAAACGGUGUAAAUAAGUGUAUUGGUGUAAAAAAUUGUAAGCUGUGUAAAACAAUACUAAGUCUGAUAGGGAGGAUCCUGUUUUAACCACAUUAUCACUAAACUCCCUCCACCAGUAUUUUUUAUGGGUUCAACUCAUACUGCAUGUGUCUCCCCGUUAGGCAGCUUUAAAUGAUAAUCAAGAUGGUAUUAAUACAUAAUGGAGUAAAACCAGUAACUGGAGUACCUGCACUUUUCUAAUCAUAUGAUUGGCUUUCUUCUUUAGGGAUUCUUUUGUAAAGAAGAAAAGGAUUUUGAUGACUGGUGCAGGGUUGUAGAAAAGGUAAAAAAUAAUGUAUUACUACUGAAUACAAAAAUGUCUGCAUAUUAUAUUUUGUGCAGUUGUGAGAACUUCAGGGAGUACCUUCCAUUUCUUUUAAAAUCAUUUUAUAUGUCUAUAUUUUUACUAAUCUGAUCUACCUUUUCUAUUUCUCAGAAAUAUCAAUCUGUCUGUCAGUCCAUGUUAAAGGAGCACUAUAGGGUCAGGAACACAAACAUGUACUCCUGACCCUAUAGUGUUAAAACCACUAUCUAGUCCCCUUUGCCUCCCUAAAGAUAGUAACAUCUUAUACUAUUGUAUUCAAGUCUGAAGCUGCUGCCUGUGAACUUCCUCUGACAUCAUCAGAAGCUUCCCCUGAGACUGACAAAGAGGCAGAUCAGGAGCAGAGCCAGCACAAUUCAAACAUAGUCCUGACCAAUCAGCAUCUCCUCAUAGAGAUGAAUUGAAUCAAUUAAUCUCUGAGGAAAGUUCAGUGUCUGCAUGCAGAGGGAGGAGACACUGAAUGUUUGGAUGCAUUUUAGGCAGCCAUGACCCAGGAAGGAUCUCUAACAGCCAUCUAAGGACUGGCCAGUGAAAAGACAGUGUUUACAGAAAAAAGCCUGAAGGUAAUGAUUCUACUCACCAGAACAAAUUCAAUAAGCUGACUAUAGUGUCCCUUUUAAGUGUGUUCCAGCAACACAUUAAAACAGUUGCACAUAGACAGUGCAUCUGUGACCAAUCCUCUUUCAUCUUACCUUUAUUCCAGUCUGCCGGUGCUGGCUUUGCCCCUGAUCUGCCUGCUUGGCUGACAUCAUCAGAAGUGAUGAGCUGAGCCAAUCACAAUGCUUUCCCAUAGGAAAGCAUUGGAUUGGCUGAAAUUGCCACGAAGGCAGAUCAAGAGCAGAGCCAGCACAAGCCAAACACAGCCCUGGCCAAUUAGCAUUUCCUUCUAGAAAUGCAUUAAAUCAGUGCAUCUCUAUGAGGAAAGUUCAGUGGAGACACUGAAUGGCAGGGCUGCACACUGUGCAGCACUGCCCAAGGAAGCACCUUUAGUAACCAUCUGAGGAGUGGCCAGUGGAAGUGUCCCUUGGCUGUAAUGUAAACACUACCUUUUCUCUAAAAAGAAAGUGUUCACUGCAAAAAGUCUGAAGAGAAUGAUUAUAUUCACCAGAACAAAUACAAUAAGCUGUAGUUGUUCUAAUGACUAUCUAACAUUAGGUGAGAUCUAACAUUCAGAAUAUCUCAGGUGAGCAAUUGUGAGAGGAGAUAUGUCUCUCACUUCCUAGCCCAAUGCCCAUCAUAUGACUAACAGAAGAGGGAUAAGAUUAACGGCGACAGUCCUCCCAUCACUAUCAUUAAACCUUUGUGAUUAGGAAAAACAAAUUCACUUGUUUGCUUCACUGAAUUAUGGGAAAACAAUAUCUGACCAUUGAAAUAACAGACUAAUAUAUGUCAUGCUUCUUUAAUUAAAUAAUUCAGUUUUUGUUUUAAUUGACUGUGCAUGAAAGAGACCACUAUCUUUGCGCUCACUUAUAUUAAUGUUAUAUGUGUGAUCUCUAUUAUCAGGAAAUUUUAAAGAAGCAAAGUUUACGGAUGUUUGAAUUGGCACCAAAGCACCCACCACACUGGCCUCCUUUUAUACCACCAACAAAACCAGACGUUUCCACCACAGGUGCAGGUAUGUAUAAAUAAUAUAAUAAAUAUCAGAAUUGUGCACCAAAUGUCCUCCACGUGAUAACUGGGGUUAGGAUCGGCUCCCUGCACUAAUGGUCAGGAGUCUCCCCGUUUACAGCAUGUAAAUUAUCUUGUAUAAUUUGUUGCAAACAAGUGCUUGCUAAUUGAUUAGCCCUUCUGAUUAGCUUCACUGUGUUUAAUAUAAAUAGUGCUAAGAGAGCAGAUCCAAAUUUUUGUGUUUCUUUACUUAAAUUCUUCAAAAACUGGAGUUCUAUCCCAAGUGUGAAUUUCACACAUCCGUUGCCCCUUCGGUGGGUCCCCGCUCAGAUCAGAUUACUACAAACUAGUACCAUCCUACCUACGACAUUGUCUGACUACUCACUGAUCUCUGUACAGGUCUAGUCCCCACUGUUAAAUCUGAUCACCAAUAGAAAUUGAAUGAACAAAUUCUUAGUGAUCUAGAAACUAUGAAAGUGGCUCACGUGGCCCUAAGAUAAUACUUAGAGGAGAAUGACACACCUGAUACUGAUCCACUAACACUGUGGGAGGUAUACAAAUGUGUCCUAUGAUGUCACUUCAUUUAAGUUUGCACACAUGGUAAGAAAUGUUUACGACAACAGACGACUGAGUUGCCCUUAGAGGUAGCCACACUCAAACGCUCACAUAAGGAAAAACAGUCGGAAGACACAUACAAGGACCGUCUGGUGGCGCACUGGGCCCUCCGGCAGUUACUGUCCCAGAAACGAAUCCAUACGGCGCGUAGAUCACAUGGAUAUUUCUACAAACACUCCAAAAACUGUGGUCGCCUCUUAGCAAGGAUGCUCCAAAACAAGAGGCGUAUGUGCCAUAUAGUGAAGGUCAAAACCAAAAGUGACUCUGUCACACGACUGCCAGACAAAAUUGUAUGCAAAUUUAACUUAUUGUACUCGGAUCUCUAUAAUUUGCAAACAAACACUGGAUCGGCAGGCAUUCCGUCCCAUUUGCAGCUUAUCAAGGACUACCUGGCACAGCAUACGGCAAAAUCGAUGUCCCUGGAAACAGCAGAUGAACUGGAGGAGCCAAUAACGUUAGAAGAACUCCAAGUGGCUCUCAAAAUCUCUAAACUGAACAAAGCCCUGGGCUCUCCUUUAUACAGACAUACUAUCACUCAACAUACCUAAUGUGCACAGUUGAUUGGCAUCCAGUGGACUCUCAGAAAAAAGGGCAUUGUGGAAUAUGUUGGAGUUAUAGAAAUACUUCUAGUAAUAAUAAUACUUUUCUCCAAUUGUAUGUUCUUGUGACCCUGGAAGGUUCUCAGCUUGUUGUAAUUCUGAUGCCAACUCUACAAGUCCUUUUGAGAUCAGUGUUCAUAAAAUCUAGGAUAUACUCCAGGCUGUAUUUUAAAACUUAAGCAAAUGAUCACAAUCUUUUAGAAAAACAUUCCAAAUGAUUUAUCUACAUAAGUGAUCAUCAAAGUCUAUCGUAAAGUUUGUAGCUAUAUAAAGGAUUUUCUAAUAAAUUGUGAUCAUUUGAAAAGUGUAUCAAAAAUAAUGAAAGGCAUGUAUUUGAUAUUCUUUAUUUGUGGUAGCAUUGUUUUACAUGUUUUCUAAAAAAAAAAAAAAAAACAAGCACAUAAAAAGGAAAGAUUUUUAAAGGUGUUUUCUCAGAAAAUGACCUUGUAAAUGUCUGAAGAGGCCUUUGGAAAGUACCUGAUGUACACCGCUAUCUAGUGUAAAUAAUAAUAUUCACUGGUUUAAUGAUAAGCAAUAAUUGUAAGUACAUGUUUUUUGUAAAUCGUUAAUCUGUAGAGAGGAGAGCAGAUGUGCAGAGGGAGAUCUUCAUAGUGAGGUAUAGUUUCUUCAAUUAAAACCAUCCAGGCCUAUAGCACCUUAGCUUACUGAAAAGCUUUAUGUGUGAAAAGUGUGUUCUCUUUAUUUCAUUUUGCAAAAAGUGCAGAUUUCAAUAGAAAUUGACACUUUUUUUAAAAAUUAUACUGGUUACACCCCAUUGGCAUUCAAACUAACAACAUCUCCUGUUACUUCCUCGUUUCGUUAGCUCAGUGGAGCUAAACUCCAGAGAACCUACCUUGCAAAAACUUCUUAUUAGGAAGUCUGUGAUUGGACAGCCAAAGAAAGUCUUGGCGAGAAGGAUUGCAGGUUUUGCAAGCUGUUUUUAGAUAUACCUCAUUGACAAAAAAAAUACACAAUUAAAUGCAUGCUAGUUUUCAUUUGGUGUGUAUCAACUAAACAUUGCUUUUAUUUUUUUAUUUUAUUUUUAUUUGGGUAAUGGAGUGUCCCUUUAAAAUAAUCCAAUGGUACUCACAAUUUUUUUUUAUUUUUUUUUAUUUUUAAACAGCCCAUGCACACCAUGAAAAUUAAUUUAACCCUCACAUUGCUGUGUUGAAUGUAAGGAAUUCUGCACAUGUGCUUGUACUGUAUUUUUCUGCAGAUGCACAAGUGGGGUGGUGAUACCCUUGAUAUUACUCAAUGGUAAUUUUGACAUUAAGCCUAAACGAAGCAUAUCGCUAGAAUUUGAGCUUUUCCUGACUGUUGAUUAGCACAUUAGGUGGUGACUAGUGAUGAUUAUACAAUAUAGCUGUAGGUUAAGGAUAUGUAAAGUGUUUACACUACGCUCGUUGUUGUAACAAACAUAUUUUGCAUAUUUUUUUUCACAGAACUAAUUGAAUCUACUGAUAAACUGUUUGAUAUGGAAGAAGAGUUUGAGAUCCUGACUGUGUGAAUGGUCUCUUAUUUUGUGCUGUGAUGUGGGACAAUACCUAAGCAAGCUUUGAUAACCAGAAAGUGCCUCAAACACAAAAGGAACAGCGCACUAAAACAGAAUAACAGAAUAAAGUGGGCUUUGGACCGGAUUUCCAGGAAUGGGUUGUAAAUACCAUAGUUGAGACUUAACUUCCUAUUUAGUGUGUGUUCCUUUCUCUUUAAAGACCACACACAGUACAAAAUGUUUACAGUUAAACUCCUCGCAUCCUGGUAAGGUUAACCAAGAUCGUUCUGAAGAAAUGUGUAUUACAUAAAUUAAGGAAUGAAGACUACAGGUCAAUGCGCUCAGCAAACAGGGGACUAUUCAUGCAGUACAUAGUAGCAGAAAAAGUAACUGUUUUCUUAUUGCAAUACUUUAAAACAAACAUAUAUAUUAAUUUAUUUUCUUUGUAAUACUUUUACUGCUGGGAAUAUUAGACAUACUUUCACUCUAUCAAAUAUAUGACUACAGUAUGCAAUUUUGAGCAGUAGGCCACUAUAUAAAAAAAAUCUAAUUAAAUCCAUUAAUUUGAGCAGUAAUUGUUUGAAAACACACAAUGUGACUUGGAAGUAAAUACAGGCAUUACAGUGCAAGGUAACACAAAUGAUGAUACGAGGACCGAAUUUGAUGAGGAUCUUGUCACAUGUAAGUAUAGUUUAAAAAAAUUUAUAAAAAAAAA